AGGCAGAACUCGACGCGGAUUCUUCUGGAGACAACAGAGGGGAAAAAGAUUGGAGCUCCAGGGCGCGGUAGUCGGGCGAUGGCUACUGAACCGGAGGAGAUUUUGGCUCCUAAGAAGCAAGAGGAGGCUCCGCUGGUGAAGCUGGGUGGGAAUUCUGUCCGUGGGCCGGGAUCCACCCUGGGGGAUGGCGACGCCGGGCCGGAGAGCUUCCGCCGACGCUUCAGGAUGUUCCGCUACCGAGAGGCGGAUGGACCCCGGAAGGCCCACGGCCGGCUCUGGGAACUCUGCCGGUGGUGGCUGAGGCCCGAGGUCCACACCAAGGAGCAGAUCCUGGACCUGCUGGUGCUGGAGCAGUUUCUGACCGUCCUGCCCGGGGACCUUCAGGCUCAAGUGAGGGAGCGACGUCCGGAGAGCGGCGAGGAGGCGGUGGCCGUGGUAGAGGACCUGAAGAAACGGCCGGGGACACCAAGACCGUGGGUUUCAGGUCGGGACCGUGGACAGGCAGUGUCCUCAGAGGAGACAACCGACAAGGGAAAAGAGGAGCCACCUCCGAGCCUAAUGCCGAAAUCCACCGAGCCCCAGCCCUUCCUUGGCUCCCAGGAGGAACAGGACCAGCACCCGAAACUUCAGGCGCAGCCUAACUGUGAUCCGAAAGGGGAACUUCAGUUCCUGACAGAGACAGCUCUGUCUGCUCCCCAGGUGCCUGCCCUUCCCCGAGCGGCGGGUGCCAGAGAUGGGGAGAUGGCGGCUGCCCUCCUCUCAGCCUGGUCUCAGGUAGAGCAAACUGACUCGGGCCUCCUGGUUUUCCAGGUGCCGGUGACGUUGGAAGACGUGGCGGUGUAUCUCUCUCGAGAACAGUGGGCACGGCUGGACCCGGGUCAGAGAGACCUCUGCCGGGAUGGCGUGCAAGGGAACUAUGGUUUUGAAAUCAGGAGCCAGAAGGAGGAAGGGAAUUUUAAGGACACGGAAACCCAGCAAAGGAUAUCAAAGAAGUCCGAAGGGGCUGUUCCCCAGAACCCUGAAUGGGGAGAAGUCUGCGAGAAUGAGGGCAGGUCCGAAAAACGGCAGGAACGUCCUCAGGGAAAAGUAGCCCUCCUGGAAAGAGGCUUCAGGGAUCUAGCAGACCUGAUUGCCCACAAAAAAAGCCUGGCGGGGGAGAAGCCCCAUAAAUGUAGUGAGUGUGGGAGAUGCUUUCACCAGAGCGCAGAGCUGUCCCGGCAUCGCCGAACACACACCGGCGAAAAACCACACAGAUGCAAUGACUGUGGAAAAACUUUCAGCUGGAGCUCGCAUCUUAUUCAACACCGGCGAAUCCACACGGGAGAGAAACCCUACGAAUGCCGCGAGUGUGGGAAAACCUUCAGCUGGAGCUCCAAUCUAAUCCAGCACCAGAGGAAUCACACGGGUGAGAAACCCCACAAAUGCGACGAGUGCGGAAAGGGCUUCAGCCAGAAUUCCGACCUCCGGAAACAUCAGAGGACCCACACAGGCGACAGGCCCUACAAAUGCAAAGAGUGCGGCAAGGGCUUCCACAAGAGCCUCGAACUUACUCAGCAUCAGCGAAUCCAUAUGGGGGAGAAACCGUACGAAUGUCGGGAGUGCGGGAAGACUUUCAGCUGGAGCUCGCACCUCAUUCAGCACCAGAGAAUCCACACGGGCGAGAAGCCCUAUGAAUGUAGCGAGUGCGGGAAAACCUUCAGUUGGAGUUCCAACCUUAUUCAGCACCAGAGGAACCACACGGGCGAGAAACCUCACAAGUGUAGUGACUGUGGGAAGAGCUUCAGCCAGAGCUCCGAUCUCAGGAAGCACCAGCGAACCCACACGGGGGAAAAACCGCAUAAAUGCAGUGACUGUGGAAAGUGCUUUAGCAGGAGCUCCAGUCUCGUCAUGCACCAGAGGACCCAUACAGGAGAGAGGCCUUACGAGUGUAAUGAGUGUGGGAAGAGCUUCAGCCGAAGUUCAAACCUAAUUCAACACCAGAGAAUUCACGCUGCCCGGAAGCCCCACAGCUGCGGGCAGUGCGGGAAGCGCUUCCGCUGGGGCUCGGACUUGGCGAGGCACCAGAGGACCCACACCGGGGAGAAGCCCCACAAGUGCCGGGAGUGCGAGAAAAGCUUCCGCAGCUCCUCGGACCUCGUCCGCCACCAGGGAGUCCACACGGGGGAAAAGCCCUUCACCUGCCACCAGUGCGGGAAGAGCUUCAGCCGGAGCGCCUACCUCACCGACCACCAGCGGAUCCACACCGGGGAGAAACCCUACGAGUGCGGCGACUGCGGAAAGAGCUUCUCCCUCCGCUCCUACCUGCUGGACCACCGGAGAGUGCACACGGGAGAGAGGCCCUUUGGCUGCACCGAGUGUGACAAGAGCUUCAAGCAGCGGGCGCACUUAAUAGCGCACCAGAGCCUCCACGCAAAGAUGGGGGCUCAGUCCACGUGAGGCUGGGAGAGAGCGGACCCUUCGGGGACGGCUCCCGGAGGCCCAAGGCCUCUCUUCCUCCAGGGAAGGACACCUGGGGCGGGGGGACUCGGAGGGCUCCGGGGCCCCCGUCCCGUCCUCCCUCCUCUGCCUAAACAUCCAUAACUUAUACA